UUCCAUAAACCCUACUUCCUUCCUUUCCCAAAUUAGGGUUUUACACCUCCUCUACUUCUUCGUCUCCCACCACACUCACACAAACCAUUCAGAAAUGAACAGUCUCAUCCUCUUCAGAGCUUCUUCCAAGAGACUCACACUCACCACUCUUUGCAACUCACUCAACCAUCUUCUAAUCCCCUCAUCUACACAACCCUCACCUGCUGCAAUCCACCAGCGUUUAUUAUCUAACCAGUCUCAAACAAAUGUUGGGUUUUUAAGGAAUUUUCAUGGGUCUCGGUGGGUGAGUGUCGGACCAUCCGUUGUGUCAACACAGGCCGCCGGAUAUGCUGCUGCUGUUCCUCAAUACGACGACGAGGAGGAGGAGGAGGAUAGGGUUUCGUCUUCCGAUGGUCUUGAAGUUGCUAAACUUGGGAUUUCAAAAGAGAUUGUUGCCGCUUUAGCCAAAAAGGGUAUUACCAAACUCUUUCCCAUACAGAGAGCCGUACUAGAGCCAGCGAUGCAGGGGCGGGACAUGAUCGGCCGUGCUAGAACCGGAACAGGGAAGACUCUAGCUUUUGGCAUCCCUAUCUUGAAUAAAAUAGUUCAAUACAACGAAAAGCAUGGAAGAGGGAGGAACCCAUUAGCCAUUGUUAUGGCUCCUACCAGAGAGCUUGCUAAACAAGUUGAAAAGGAGUUCUACGAGUCAGCACCUAAUUUGGCUACUCUGUGCGUGUAUGGUGGCUCACCCAUUCAACGCCAGAUGAGUACUCUUGAUCGCGGUGUUGAUGUGAUUGUUGGCACCCCAGGACGUGUUAUCGAUCUGCUUAAAAGAGGUGCUUUGAAUCUAUCAGAAGUUCAAUUUGCGGUUCUUGAUGAAGCAGAUCAGAUGCUGAAUGUCGGUUUUGCUGAAGCCGUUGAAACCAUUUUAGAAUAUUUGCCAAAACAGCGUCAAACCAUGAUGUUUUCAGCCACUAUGCCAAGUUGGAUUGUGAAACUUACCCAGAAGUACUUAAAGACGCCUCUAACUAUUGAUCUUGUUGGUGAUUCAGACCAAAAGUUGGCUGAUGGAAUCACACUCUAUUCUAUUACAUCGGAAAUGCGUGAUAGACCAUCAGUUAUUGGGCCGCUAAUAACGGAGCAUGCAAAUGGUGGGAAGUCUAUAAUUUUUACCCAAACAAAACGCGAUGCUGAUCGAUUGGCGAAUGCGCUGCAGAAGAGUUUCAGAUGUGAAGCUUUGCAUGGAGAUAUUUCACAAAAUCUAAGGGAGAGAACUCUUGCAGGGUUUAGAGACGGCCGGGUUGAUGUUUUAGUAGCCACUGAUGUUGCGGCUCGUGGUCUUGAUGUUCCUAAUGUUGAUCUGGUAAUACAUUAUGAGCUACCUAACAACUCUGAAAUAUUUGUUCAUCGAACCGGGCGUACGGGUCGUGCUGGCAAGAAAGGAAGGGCAAUAGUAAUGCAUUCUUCUCAGCAAUGGAGGGAUGUCAAAGGAUACGAGCGCGAAGUAGGAUGCAAAUUUACGGAGCUUCCUCAAAUUGCUGUGGAUGCCGCAUCCAGAGUUGAUCUGGGUGGCGGGUUUGGUUUUGGAGGUAGACAAGGCGAUUCAAGAUUUGGUGGUCGAAAUAGUAGUUUUGGUUCAUCAUCUCGUGGUGGUUUUGGUAGACCUAGUUAUGGUGAGUUUAGAGGUCCUAGCUCUGGGCGUUCUAGUGGCUUUGGUGAAGAUUCAAGUCGCUCAAGCCGUAGGAGUGGAUUUGGUGAUUUUGGUUCCGACCGCUCAAGUGGGUUUGGCUCAGGCCGUUCAAGUGGUUUUGGUGGAUUUGGUUCAGAUCGUUCAGGUGGGUUUGGCAGUCAGCGUUGAGGUUCUGGUCCAUCGGGUGGGGUUAAAGACGAUACCUAUUCUUAAUCUCGUUGUAGGUGAGUAGUCGAAGCGAAAAUUUGGUUUAUGAUUUCAAUAUAAUUAGUAUCCUCUAAUGACUAAUAGAGGGUAGCAUGAUGAGUUCUUUUUUGGUUAUUUUAAAGCAUACGUAAUUUAUAUCUAGCUAAAACAUGGUGGAGCUAACAUUUAUAGUCAUGCUGAUAAAAGGAACUUGCCUGUAAAUCUAUUAUGGAACUCUCAAGGCAAACAAUAAAUACUUUAUUCAAGCAUGCUUGUGAUU